UCUCCCUCCGUUUCUAUUUCAGUGUUACCCGCCCUUUUUUUUUGCCUGCUUUUCCCUAUUUGCGCCGGGGCAGCACCAUCACGUGAGACCGGGCCCGGCUGGACGCGGCUGCCGGGGGCGCGCCGGUGUCGGGGGGGCCGGACACGCACCCCCAGGCCCGACCUUUGCCCCACAUCCCUUCCCCAAAUUGGGGGCUGGAUUGGGGGGAGGUGGUUUGCAGGAGGCGGCGCUCGUUCGCUCUCGCUCCCCCCGGAUUUUUUUCCCUGCGGUUGUUCGGGGAGGUGGAGCCUGGGGCCACCCCCGCGGGCAGGUGCCGGAUGGCGGCGGGGACCCUCGCCCCCCGCCCUCCCGACUCCCUGCAGGAAUUCCAGUACCCCCCGCAAAACAGCCCCCCGGCCGGGGGGGUGCCCCCAGCCACCGACCUGGUGCUGGGGGCCACGGCCGGGUGCUUGGCCUGCUUCCUCACCAACCCGCUGGAGGUGGUGAAGACGCGGCUGCAGCUGCAGGGCGAGCUGCAGCCCCCGGGCACGUACCCCCGGCCCUACCGAGGGGUGCUGCGGGCCGCCGUGGCCGUGUGCCGGGCGGACGGGCUGCGGGGGCUGCAGAAGGGGCUGGCGGCCGGGCUGCUCUACCAGGGGCUCAUGAACGGCGUCCGCUUCUACUGCUAUUCCCACGCCGAGGACGCCGGCUGGACCGGGUAUCCCGGCGGGACCGUGGCCGCCGGAGCCGUGGCCGGGGCCGUGGGAGCCAUCGUGGGCAGCCCCGCGUACCUGGUCAAGACCCACCUCCAAGCCCAGACACUGUCGGCCAUGGCUGUGGGCCACCAGCACAACCAUGAGAGCAUCUCCGGCGCUUUCAAGAGCAUCUACCAGCAGCACGGGGUGGUGGGGCUGUGGCGGGGGGUGACGGGCGCCGUGCCCCGCGUGGCCGUGGGCUCGGCCGUGCAGCUCGCCACCUUCGCCUCCGCCAAGGACUGGGUCUGCGAGCGCCAGUGGUUCAGGAAGGGCAGCUGGGCGGCGGUGCUGGCGGGGGGCAUGGUGAGUGGUGUAGCUGUGGCUGUGACAAUGACACCUUUUGACGUGAUCAGCACGCGUCUCUACAACCAGCCGGUGGACGCCGACGGCACGGGCAAGCUCUACCGAGGUUUUUUGGAUUGUAUCCUGCAAAUUUCCAGCAAAGAGGGGCUGCUGGGCUUGUACAAGGGCAUCGGUGCUGUCUAUCUCCGCCUCGGCCCCCACACCGUGCUCAGCCUCUUCUUUUGGGACAAGCUCAGGAACAUGGUUCAGCACUAGCAGCCCCCGGGGCUGUAGGACAGAUUCCUGCCACCACCGCUGAUGUUAAUAAAGAGGGCUGGUGGGUGCCUGUGCCGUCUCGGUGCUCUGCAGCCUCCUGAAGGUUUAUCUCUACAUCCAGUGUGCAAAUAACCCCGAGAGGCAGGCGGAGAAGGAGGCGAUG